AUGUCUUGCAAGCGAUUCAUGGGAGAUGUUGCUUCUCAGUGUGGAAUUGAGGCCGGAGAGGUGGAUGUUCUCAUAAACGACCCAAAUCACCCCCGGUGGAGCGAUGGAUCAUUUGAGCACACUCCAGUUAUCAAUCAACAAUUGAUUGGACUUCAGGGUUCAACGACAAAAGAUGGCGAGGAUGCGCGGCCUGAACUGCUAGACAAAACUACUCGACGUCGACAAUGGAAAAAGAUAGUUUUGGUUCUUAGGAAAGAUGGAAUUACCAGACACCUGGAGCAAGCUGUUAAACUCAAUGAGUUUCUCGCAUUUCUUACACAACAAAGCCACUAUUUCAUUCCAUCCAACCACACCCCUCGAAGAAAUACGAAGCACUAUCAACAAAUUCGCUCGCACGCAAUUGACCUAUACGAUAUCCUAAAAGCGAACUUUCCCCAGAUGCCCAACUGCAAAUGCCCACUACGCCACGAUGUCAACAUGAAACUGGAAUUCCGCAGCGGGGGAAUGGUCACCAAAAGAUUGCUCUUCCGUACGAUCUUUACAUCCGAGGUUCCAAUCUUCUCGCUGCAAAAUUGGUGUGAGAUAGAUAUAGAGCCGUUGGAGAUACAGAAGACAACACUUUGCCGUGAUUCUCAAGAGUCAGUAACGAUGAGAAUUGCCACAAGACAGUCAUCGUCAUCAGACAUCACCCAAUUUCAGAACAGAAAAACGCCAGAAAAGCAGCAUCGCAUUUGGACCACCGGGUACCAACCACAGCAGCCAGCCUUCCAAAUCAUACGGACUGUCUCCCUCGCCGAGGUACUUGGGGAUAAGGAUUUUCAACGAGAACAAAGAUCCCGACUGGGAUUGAAACUGGUCUCAUCUGUGAUGCAGCUUCAUACAACACAGUGGCUAAUGGACAUAUGGAGCAAGACCGAUAUCUCGUUCGCGUGUUCCACUGAAGGAACUGUCGAUUUCGACAACCCAUUAAUACGACGCAGCUUCGGGUCCGGGUCCCAAAAUUGCAAUGUAUCUUCGCCGUCAAGGAAUCUCCCGAGACCCUAUUUGGUCGCCUCAAUUCCAUGUUUGUUUUCACUUGGUGUGGUCCUCCUUGAACUAUGGUACGGUAAAGUUCUGGAGAGCUUGAAGAACGAAGAUGAGAGGAACAUGCCACCUCAGUUCUCAGAUCCUUUAUGCGCACGACGUCUGACCGACGAAUUGGUCUGCGGACCAUACUUCAAGAAUGCGGUCCUGAGAUGUAUUUGUGGCCUGGAUGCCGUUUACACAUCGUUGGAGGAAGACGCCUUUCGAGAUGAGGUUGAAGAGAAGAUUGUGUGUCCGUUAGAAGAAGACUUGAAGUUUUAUUGCGGCAAAACUUCUAUUAAUGAAUGUAUAUGA